AUGUCUGAUAAAGAAAGAAAUUGUUUGGAAUAUGCUUUGAAAAACCUUAAUCAACAAAGCUUUAAAUCAUUUAAAAGAAAACUGAGAUCGUGUGAGUUACCUCCAGGAUGCAGAUAUAUUCCUCGGAGCGAGCUUGAGAGUCUAAACCAUGAAGACACAACGGAUUAUAUUAUCAGAUUCUACACUAACACACAUGCCCCAAAUAUCAUCACUCGUGUGCUGGAAGAGAUUAACGAGAGACAGGCCAGCAUAGACCUUCAGGAGGAGUUGAAGAAAGAUAUCCAGUAUGUCUCUCCCAAAUGCCCCUGGCCACAAGCAGAGAGAGAUGAAUACCAGGUCUGCACUCCAGCACCAAUAGUACCACCAAAAGGAGAACCAGUAGGGACAGGGGACAGUGAUUCAGAACGUAGAGUGACCUUGAAUGAACUCCAGUCACAGCUGGGAAUGGGAGAUUAUAUGAACUCAAAACUCACACUGAAUGAUAUCCAAAGGAUUGGGAGAGACAGCAUGAAGGACAGUGAGCCUCAGGAUAUACAGGACAUUCCCUGGCAUUAUCUAAGGAAACUCAUGGCUCUUAACAAUAAUGCCAGGAGCACUAAUUUUAUCAAGUCUAAUUUGAGAUUACAGGGAAAUACCAAUAAAGACCAACUGUCUGAGAGUGUCAAUAUUAACACUGAAAAUGAUGGUCCAUGUUCUAUCUCUGUCCACCCCCUGGAUGUUCUGUGUGUUCUCCUGCAUUGUUCAGACCAUUUUUUACAACAGGAAAUUGUAACCAAGAUGUCCAUAUGCCAAUUUGCUGUCCCUCUGCUGCUCCCUGCUGGGGAUGGAUCUAAUUGCACCUUCAUGUUAUGGGCAAUGAGAGACAUUGUGAAGAGAUGGAGACCCUAUUCAUUAGUAGACAGUAGAGGGUUUACAGAAGAAAAUGUAGUAAAUAUCCCCAUGCCGACCUUCUCUUUUGUCAGACUGGGGAAAAACAAAUUAUCCAAAUCUAAAAUCCUGAAUCAGGUUCUCAGCUCAGCACAGCAUGAAUUUUUUGUACAUUAUGACAUGAAAGGAGGGAAUAUUGAGAGGAAAAUAUCAGAUGGACUAGUGGAAAUGUCCUGGUAUUUUCCUACCAGAAGAAAAUGUUGUGACAUGUUUCCAGUGCCGAUCGCAGUGACCAAUCUACGAGGAGACCUGGAGUCUAACUGGACACAAUUCAUCUUUUUAACCCAGGUCUCAUCAGCUGUGUUUAUAUUUACUGAGAGCAUCGGGGAGAGAGAAUUUAGAUUGUUAUCAAACUGCGAAAACAAAGACACAGAAUAUAAUUUCAUCAUCACUCCGAGUCCUGUCAAAGAUAUAACCACAGAGACAAUUCAUAAUCUGCAAAAACGUAUAUCUGUGUUCAAAAAUAUCUAUACAAUAAUAAAAAAGAAGACCGAUAAUGAUGCAACACUGGUGGAGAAAAUUCAGUCUAGAAUCAGUUUUUUCAUAAACAACUCUCCCAAAAGGAUAACAAUAGAAAAUAUGAAGACUAACACUAGUAUACAGACGAAUGGACUUGGAUUCGGUGUAGAUGAACACCCUUUAGAAUGUAGUAAUGCCAGAGAGUAUGCUGGGGAAAUAACCAAAGGGAUACACAAUGUCCCUGAGUAUAAGAGGGAAGCAAUGUGUCUUCAGAGGGAUCUCUGGAAAAAAAUAUCUAAAAUAGAAAAAGAAAUUUGCAGAAUGAGACAAAGAGGAUCCAAAAAUACACAAGAAUAUCUUAAUCAAUUGAAACAUCAGCUCAUUUCACUGCAGGAAAAGCAAUAUCGCCAUAACCCCCCCAAUAGCAUAUUGCUCUUUAUUACUUGUUUUGUUAAUUUUUCCCACAUUGAGAAACAUUACUUUUUGAAAUGGCUGAAAUUGGAUCUUGAUUCACUGGUUAGAAAUAAUCUUUUCGUCUUUACAGAGGAAUACAAUGAGAAAUGCAAACACCCACAAAACAAUAUGGAAGAACUAAAAAAGCUAUCUCAGACAAUAUCUGACAGUUGUUUGGGAACUGAACAUUUCGUCCGAGAGAUGGUUCAGUUCUAUGAGGCUGAAUGUGCCAGGAUUAAUAAAACCCAGAGGGAGUAUACCAGACUCCCAGGAAUAGCUGCAGAUCUCCUGCUGGGUGGGUUUCCAUUGGAGCUGAUUGAUGGAGAUGCCUCUAACAUCCCCAUGCGGUGGAUAACUGAUGUCCUGACUGAGCUGGACACCAAGACUGGAGGACAAUGCAGAAUGAGAGUGAUCACUGUGCUGGGAGGUCUGGGUACGGGAAAAUCAACCCUACUGAAUACCAUGUUUGGUUUGCAGUUCCCGGUGGCCAGUGGACGUUGCACACGAGGGGCUUUCAUGACUCUUAUAAAAGUAAAAGAGAAUGUCCAGGAGGAGUUGGGCUGUGACUUUAUUCUGGCUAUUGAUACUGAAGGUCUGAAAGCUCUUGAAUUGGCUUCUCUGGAGGACAGUCAUGAACAUGACAAUGAACUGGCAACGCUAGUGGUCGGGCUGAGUGAUAUCACCAUUAUUAACAUGGCCAUGGAGAACUCAGCAGAAACGAAGAACACCUUACAGAUUGUAGUUAAUGUGCUUAUGAGGAUGAAAGACAAAGGAAAGGAAUUAAAAUGCCUGUUUGUUCAUCAGAAAGUGAAUGAAGUGUCCUCUUAUGAGAAGAAUGUCAGAGAGCGGUUUUCAGAACAGCUGGAUGAAAUUACUAACAUUGCAGCAAAGCGAGAGAACAAAGAUGGGUUCACAAAAUUUAGUGAUGUGACGGACUACGCAACAGAGAAAGACAACUGGUAUAUUCCCAGCCGAUGGCACGGAGUCCCACCAAUGGCUGCGGUAAAUACUGUUUACAGCGAAAGUGUUUCAGAUUUAAAACAAUAUUUACUUGAGAUAAUGAGAAUCCAUAUAUCUGCAAUCAGGUCCUUCAACAUUAAGGAAUUUAUCAUAUGGCUAAACAGUCUGUGGAAUGAAGUGAAGCAUGAGAAGUUUAUAUUCAGUUUCAGAAACAGUCUGGUGGCCAAAGCUUAUAACAAGUUGUCCGUACAGUUCUCCCAAUGGGAAUGGGAAUUUACCAAAGCCGUGCACAGCUGGGUGAAUAAUACUGAGACAUUAAUUAGGAAUCAAUCAGCAGAUACAUUGCAGUCAGAAGCAUUAGAGAUGUACAGCAAUGAGCUACACCGGGUGCUAAUUGCAGAAGGAAGAAAAAUAUCAGAGUUGUUAGAAACUUUCUUUAGGACUAAUUGUGAACAUGUUCUUAUCAAAAAGUACAAAGACAGUUUUAUUUCAUGUAUAACGUAUCUGAAAGACGACCUUGAAAGAAGUGCUACCAGCAGGUGUAUGAAGGCGCUCCAAGCACUGAAUGUAAAGACUCAGAUUCAGUGUCACCACAAAAGGAUUCAAUCAGAAAUUAUUAAUUUCAUAGAAAUCUGGCGAAAGAGAAACCAACGGCUCGGUGACAGAGAAUUAGAAGAGGAAUUUGAGACCAUGUGGAGAACAUUUAGAUCAGAUUUACAGAUUGAAUCCUUACAGAGACUUGAUAUAAGCCAAUCCAUGCUCCAUCACCUGCACAGGAACAUGAAACACAAAGGACCUGAGAUAGAUGCAAUAUUGCUUGGCCUGAAAGCUUUAGAUGAGUAUGGUGACACGACAUUCCAAAUGCAGAAAAAAUAUAUAGAUGUCUCUCUGUCAUCAUUUACACAAGUCAGGCACUAUAUCAGCCAGGAUUGUCCUGAUAUUGUAUCGCAAUUAGCUUUGUCACUAAUAGAGAUUUGUGAUCAGUAUAUUACAAACAAGGUCAGCACAAGUUCUGACUAUGACAACACGUACGGACAGGAAUUGCUACAAAUGGUCGAUAAUAGACUGAGGAAUAAAGGCCGUAAAACAAUUCCAUUUUCCCUCAUAUUUGAGUUAGAUAUUAAAAUUGUCAUUCUUCGUAAAGCAUCUCGGAGGUUUCAGAAGAUGCAUGAUGAUUUUAUCCAGGAGAAAUAUCCAAACACUUGCUUGGAAAAGUUAAAAGGUCAAUAUUUUACAAGUUUUCUUAGCAUGUACCAAGUGAAAGACCAAUCCCAACAGAAAGUGAAACAGUUUUGUGACCUUGGCUUGAAGCCAGCUUUAACCGAGUACAUUCACAGACAUCUCGGGAAAGAAAUAGUGGACGAUAUUUUAGGCAGUUCUGACAGUCUCAUAUUUAAUAGUAGAUGUUGUUUCCAAGUUACUGCACUGCAGAGUUUGUUAAAGACAGAGAAAGUCUACAAUUUUAUCGAAUACAUUAAUUCGUAUGAGAUCUUUGCUGAAAGCUGGAUUUUAAGAUACAUCUAUGAUAAAUAUAAGGAAUCUUCCCAGCUAGAAAUGUUACAAACAAAGAUUCUGUCUCAUAUUAUCGAAAAAAUAAAAGAUGUUCUCAGAUGCGAACAAUAUCUGGAAAGUCCCAACAUUGCAAAAUAUUUAGAAAAUAUUCGUGAGAAGUUAAAAUGUGAAUUGGUCAUUCCACAGAGUCAAAUGGACUUGGUCAUUUUUGGAAACCACUCAGAUGUUGCCCAGCUCCGUAGUGAUCUUCAGACCUUUGUAUCAGAAACAGAAAACCAAAUUCUAUCAGAAAUUCAGUGUUUGGGCAUUGAAUCUGUUAUGUACAAGGCUACAUUGAAGCCGGAACAUGAAUUGCUGAAGAAGGUGAUGGGAUGUGGGAAGCAGUGUCCGUUCUGUAAAGUCCCCUGUGAGGCAGGAGGCUCGGGUCAUACGGAGCACUUUACAUCAAUCCACAGACCUUUAGGACUGGUAAGAUAUAGAAAUGAACAGACUAACGUCUUAUUGACAAACAUAUGCUGUACUGGCGUUGCUUUGGGCGAGACAUUUAGAAAUGAUGAGGGGGGCAAGUUUCACACAUUCAAGGACUACCGUAUCUUAUACCCAGACUGGUCGAUAGAUCCUGACCCCAACACGGAGUCCUCAGAUUACUGGAAAUACAUUUUUGUGAAGUUUAAUGAACAGUUUGCAGAAGAAUAUAAUGCUAAACCAGCUGUCCUGCCAAAGGCAUGGAAACGAAUAGACAGAGAAGAAGCCCUGCAAAGCCUGAAGGAGGUGUUCAAUAAGACAUAG